AUGGUGUCGACACACAGACCCCUUCUCUUCAAGGUGUCCUCCUUCACCACCGCAGACGGGUCGACAGUGAUCGACACAACAAGCAACCACCAAGCAACGUUCGACCGACGCAGCAGCUCAGCCCAACUUUGCUACCAACGACACGUUGUGUCGAGGGUGUACCCAUCGACAGGUCAUUGCUUUGUCGUGCUUUCGAGUGCACUGAGACGCCUGCUCAACGAGUUUGGAGGGUUCAAGAUGGUGCCGGUUGACGGCAGCCAACGCGAGAAAAUCUCCCGCCUGCAGCAGCUUCAGGCACAUGAUGAGAACGACGAGGAGGGCUUGCCGCUAGGGCUGUCGACAGCAGACAUCAUGGCCCUGGCGAUCCUUGACGAGGACUUCAUGCGCAUGCUGUGUGACGUCCUGGAGACGGUGCGCCGCGCUGACGUGCCGACGGUAUCCGCGCUCGUGCAGAACGGGUUCUUGCUCUCCGUGCCGAGUCUCCUGCUUGUGCACUCGGACAAGCAGCUGGACGCGUUUGUCACCACGAUCAUCACCACCGUGCUGCAGAAGCCACAGUUGACGGCGCUGCUUGGGCCAAAACACAGCCGCGCUGCGUUUGACACUGGCAUGGAGCUGAUACGCCGCCGCGACGACUUGUACCAGCGUGCACUGGCGAGCCUGAUGAUGGCGUGGGCGCUCAAGACGCUGCUUGAGGACGAGGACUGCGACGAAACGCUCAUCGCCAAGGUGCAGAAGAGCAAGUGCGUGCUGCACCUGCUGGACGCCCUGGGCAGCUUCCACCGCAACCUCACGUUCCAGACGACGUGUGCGCGAGGGGUGCGGCUGCUGCUGCGGCUCAACAUCAUGUUCCGGCUGCAGGUUGCCCAGCACCCUGGGGGCAUUGGCAGUGUCAUGGAGGUGUUGCGGCGGCGCCACCACGCGCGCGAGCUGCUGCCCAUCCUGUACUCGCUGCUGGACCAGCUCGACGUGCCGGACCUGCGCCUGGGCAUCAAGGCGAUGGACAUGUCGACUGCGUCGCAGGUGAUCAGCGCCAUGGUGCUGCACAAGGACGCGCGCGACGUGCAGCGGUUUGGGUGCGGCCUGCUGGUGCACUUGCUGCACGCGUCCAGCGUGGACGGCAUGGCGGACAUGAUUUACAGCGGGGGUGGCGUUGGGCUGGGCCUUGACGCCGUGCGGCGGUUCAAGGAUGACGUGCACGUGGUGACGUCUGGCCUUGCGCUGGUGGCUGGCUUGCUUCAGCAGCUUGAGGACGACGUCGCUGUGGUGGAGGAGGUGCUGCAGGCCGGGGGCGCACCACUCACUGUCACUGCAAUGGCAGCACACCUGGACCCGCGCGACGACAGCGACGAAUUUGUGCAGGAGAUUGGGUGCGAGGUUCUCACGUUCCUCACAGAGGCCGGCGACGAGCACUGCCUGCACGUGGUGGAGUGCGGCGGGCUGUGUGCUCUGCUGGACGCGGUGGAGACGUUUCCCGACAGCAGCAAGAUCCUGCGUGCGGCCAUUCCGGCGCUGAGGAACGUCUCAUACCUGCCCGGCUGCGUGGCUGACAUGUGCAAGCACGCGGUGGUGCCGCGGGCACGGGAGAUGCUGUGGGAGUCCUCAAACGAGGACAGGCUGCUGGCGGCACUGGACCUGCUUUCCAACGUGUGGCACCACGACAUGGACGUGCCGACGCUUGACGAUGUCAAGGCGCUCGUGUUUGUGCUUCGGCACGUGAUGAACAAUCACACGAGCGUGCACCGCCGCGCGUGUCAGAUGGCUGCCACCCUGCUGUCGAAGCGGCCGGGCGUGGCGCCGCUGCCUGUGGCCACGGAGCUGGCGGAGGCGCUGAUUGGGCUGCUGUGCUUGAGAGAGGCUGAGGCCGUGGUGAUCAGCGAGGCGUGCUCAGCCCUGUGGGUUCUCCUUGACCAGCGGCCCUCCGUCUUGGAAGCCGUGGUGGACAGCGCUGCCGCCAGCGCUGCUGCCACCGCCAACAACAGAACCAACAGCAACAGCAACAACAACAGGAGCAACACUAUCAACAACAGGAGCAACACCACCGUCAACAGGAGCAACAACACCAACACCAACAACAACAACAGCAGCAGCAACAGCCGCAGGGGCGGGAGUCGCCGCCAAGCCAACUCCAGCGGCGCUGCAAUCGAUGAUGGCGAUGGUGAAGGCCUGCGCGUGCGUGGUGGUGAUGAUGAGCAUGGUGAUGAUGACAAUGACGCAAACACGCCCACAAACGUGUAUCGCGCCAUGUUGAAUGCACUUGAGGUGGACAUGCUGAACUUGGAUACGCACCUGUACGUGUACCGGCUACUGAGGGCGCUGGUGGCGAUCAAAACGCGCGACGCGCACGGGGUUGCGCAGGGUAUGCAAGAGGUGGGGCUGAUCCCCGUUGUGAUGCAGCGGCUCGACUGGUUCAUGGACGAGCCAGACCUGGUGACGACGGGCUUGUGCAUACUGGUUAACGUGAGCAUGCUCAACGAGCAGGCGAAGCUGCAAAUUGCGACCAAGCGCGGGCUGGACACGCUGGUCUCGGCCAUGUGGCUGCACGCGAACGACCCCGACCUGCAGGCUUCUGCGUGCAAGGUUAUGUACACGCUUUCCUCCCACCCAAGGACUGCGCCUCAGCUGUGGGAGACGGGGCUGAUUCGCGACGUGCACCGCAUAAUGACGCUGCACCCGGGAGACAAUGACCUGCUGUACGACCCAGCCUCUCUGCUGUUCAACCUGGCCCACACCUCCGGAGCCAACGUCGUGGAUGCGAUAUGGGAGCGGCCGGGCCUUGUGCAGGCGUUUGUUGCGGGGCGACGCUACCAGUGGGCCGCCAGCGACACCGUGACUAUGCUGGCGGUGAUGCUGAGUACGUUGGCCAUGCCAGCGGGAGCGAUGUCACUUGUCGAGAUGGGGAGGCUGUGGCAGGCGGCGCCAUCCUCGGCCGUCCUGCGCCUGAUGCACGCCCGCCCCGACGCCGCUCGCUGCAACAUUGUCGUGGCUGACGGCCGCACCGUGUCGCUGCUGCACGAGUGCUUCGACGCGUGGGGAGCUGUCAUCUGCGCAAAAGACCCUGUGUAUGCCAUGGAGCAGUUCAACAUUGUGUUGUCGAGCGAGGAGGCGAGCCAGCUCCUGGUCGAGGCCGUGUGCGAGGCCAUCGUGAUGAUGGCUGCGACAGCCCAGAUUACGCUUGAAUCGCGGGUGCGAGCUGUGGUGGAAGAGCUGGUGCGGUCUGUGGCAAAACGGCUGGCGCGGCACAUGGCCACAGAGAGCACGGCUCUCGCUGCCUGCGCAGCCACACUCUCCCUGGCGAAGCUGGAGCUGCGCAUGUGGACGGACCUUGCCCAGCGCACCCCAGCCAACGGAGGUGUAGGCGACGGCAGCUUCGAAGGAGGAGGGGGCAGCGAUGGCGAUGAUGAAAUGCUGAAGCUGACAGGACAGCUCAACGAGUCUGUACAACAGCAAGGGCAGCAACAGCAAGGGCAGCAACAGCAAGGGCAGCAACAGCAACAGCAAGGGCAGCAACAGCAACAGCAAGGGCAGAGGCGGCAAGAUCAGCAACAACAAGAGCUCGGUCGUUCUAACGCCGUUGCGACGACUGCAGCUGAUGACGAUAAUCACGAUGCGGGUGAUGAAGGUACACUGGGCCUUGAUACCGGCAACAGCAGCAGCAACUUGGAUGGCACGGCGAAGCAAGACGAUGACAACGCAGGUGGACAGCGGAAAGGCGGCAAUGAUGGCGCCACAGCUGUUCACCACAGCUGUGGCAAUUGUUCCACGAAGGAGGGCCGCAAAAGAGAAGCUGAUCAGGUGGCAACGAACAGCGCAGGACGUGUGAGGGACGGUGACAGCGUCGGCGACAACGACGGUGACAACGACGACGACGCGGCUGUUGCACUGAUGACAACGCUGCCCAAGCUGUCGCGUGACAGCGGGUACACGACACGCACCAGCCUGCUUUCCGAACCCACGCAUGAGGUGGAGGAGUUUGAACAGAGCGAGCCGCAGGAGGACGACUCCUUGCCACGGGGCUCCAUCUCAUGUGGUGGUGGUGAGGGGGCGAAGGAAGAUGUGCAUGUAAUGACAACUGAUGCUCCUGAAAGCACACCUGUCAGCAGCGGCGGCGGCAAGGGCAAAGAAGGAGGCGAUGAGGAGGCUGCUGUCAACUCCAGCGCGCUCGCUGCCAAGACCACUGCCAGCAGCAGCAGCAGCAGCAGCAGGAGUGCGACAGCCGCCAAAUCGACCGUCAACACAACCAGCACCGCCAAUGACACCAAUUCGACAACGACGACAAUGGCCACAUCUACGACCAUCGCUUCUUCCGCUGCCACCAAGAACAACACCAGUGACACGAACUCGACGACCAACGACAGCAGCAACACAACCACUAACACCAGCAAGAACGGUGAACGUGACCUUGAUCCAGACACACUGGCGACCUAUGAUCGUUUGCUGUCCAACGCGUGCGCUGGCGGAACUGGCGACAUGACCCCGGCAAGCGCAGCAGCAACGGCAGUACCCAAGCGGACAGCAAAGUCGGCAGCAAAGGCCGCACGACAGGCUGCGAUGCGGGCGUCACGAAAGGCGCCGCGGAAACCUUCACGCAAGGCAUCGAAGAGAGGGGCACGGACACCGGCGAAGAAGAAGAAGAAGAAGAAGGCAACACAACAGAAGGCAGCAGAGGCAGCGCCGGCAGCAGCAGCGCGCACGACAAAGCCGAAAGGGGAGGCAGCAGCAGCAGCAGCAGCAACAAAAGGUGCUAAGGUGAAGGCUACCAAAACACAGGCCGCACCUUCUACUUCGUCUUCUUCGUCGUUCCAAGCGACAAAGGCAAGAGCGGCCGCUGCAUCGCAGGAGGAAUGCACGAUUAUCUUCCACAGCAGCAGCAACGAUGACGACGAUGACGACGAUGAUGAUAGGGCCGAGGCUGAUGCCGCGAUUGUUGCAAGGCAUGGCGCCCUUCUAGAGCGCGCGUGCACCGAUGCCAGGCAGGCCACCACCGCCGCUGCACCCCCGUCCUCGACAACAGCAUCAUCUAGGGGCGCAGAUUUUGAUGAGCGCACAAUCAUCUUUCACAGCAGUACCGACACCAGCGAUGAGGACUGUGGCACCUAUGACGUCAGCGAAGUGGAGAGGAUUGAAGGCCAUGCCAGCCGCGACAGCACCAACAACAGCGGCAGCAACAGCCGGCGAGGUGGUGGCAACGAGCUAGUAGACCCAGAGGAGCUUGCACACUACGACCGGCUCGUGGAAGGCGCGUGUCAGGGCAAUCGUGCCGCACCCGCAUCGGCAAGCACCGAUGUAGCCACAGCAAACACAGACGCAGGAACAGCAGCGGGUACAUCGACGACAAGGGUGCCACAACGCGAAGAGUGCACCAUCGUGUUCCACAGCAGCACUGACGACGAUGGUGAUGAUGAUGUUGUUCAUGGCGGGGAUGAUGGCGGUGAUGAUGACGACGAUGAUGGCCACGAUGGUCACGAUGAUUAUGAUGAUCGUGGCAGGGGUGACUGUGGUGACGGUAGCGGCGGUGAUGAUGAGAGCAAUGACAUGGGCGGUGUGGAUGGUGCUGAGCAAUUUGCGAGCAGCGGCGGGUGUGGCGCACUGCCAUUUUCCCUGUCUGGGUUUCCGCUGAGCACGGCCAAGUGGAGCGUGCGUGGGCUGCUUGCGGUCAUGGAGGCGCACCCACGGAAUGCGGAGCUGCAGCACGUGUGCUGCGCCGCAUUCAAGGUGCUGGCGGAGGCAGGGAGCGAGCUGUCUGCCCAAGUCAAGCGCACGGCCGUGGCUCGGGUGCGGGCGAUGAUGCUGGAGUUUCCGCACAACGACACGCUGUUCCACAUCGGCGUAGCCACGCUUGGGCAGAUGUCUGCGGUGGACAUGGACUACGCGAGCGCAAUUGUGGCCGAGGGCUGCGUGGACACGCUGGUUGAGCUUGCCGAGCAGCACAUGCAAGACGCGGCAGCGCAGGUGUGCGUGUGCAUGAUGAUGCGCAAUUUGCUUUUGUACGACCCGACGCAUAUGGCCGUGGAGACGCCAGCGGUGCAGUGCCUGAUGAUGGACGUGAUGUUUGCGCACCGGGACAAUGUGCGGGUGCAGGAGCCGGUGAUGACGCUGCUGGCUACGGCCCCGCCCAGCGACGAAUACCACCAGCGGUUGGCUUCUGAGGGCAUGAUACCGUGGCUGGAAGACGUGCUGUACAAGUUCAGCGGCCACCACCAGCUGACGGGGCCGGCAAACAGCCUCCUGCAACAGCUGAAUGCGUAUGCGAGCAGCCACCAGGAAGAGGUGCCGCCCCUCUUUCGAGGAACGUUUUCGUUGGACACCAUUCCCGAGGUCAGCGAGGACGAGCGCGGGCACAACGGCAGCGGUGAUGGUGGUGAUGGUGGUGGUGAUGGUGGUGGUGAUGAUGGUGGUGAUGGUGGUGAUGAUGGUGAUGAUGGUGAUGAUGGUGAUGAUGGCGAGCAUGGAAGUGAUGACGGCGAGUAUGGUGGUGGUGAUGGUGGUCAGAGUGGCCUGAACCCUGAUGACGAUCGUCGGUGCGAUGAAAAGAGCCCCAUCGAUGCACGCGAUGAUGAUGAGAAUCACAGCGAAGAGCACGGGCAGGGGAACUCUGAUGGCUUCACUGAUGAUGAUGAUGAUGAUGAUGAUGAUGAUGAUGAUGAUGAUGAUGAUGAUGAUGAUGAUGAUGAUGAUGAUGAUGGUGGUGAUGGGGUUGUGGAUGGUGAAGGUAACGCUGAAUGUGACGAGAAGGACGAGGAUGGUAAAGGCGAUAAUCGCGCUCGCGGACAGUGA